AUGGCACUACUUCAGUUAUUUUGGAUACUGACCUCCCUGCUGUUGGCGGCCAGCGGUUCGUCGUCAGCGGUGAUGUGCCCGUACGUUUGUGCCUGCGACAUCAUCAAGAUGAUUGUGGAUUGCGCCGGAUGCAAACUUUCCCGGAUUCCCCACGAAAUGCCGAACGGGACCAGGUAUCUGGUCUUAGACGAGAAUCUCGUUACUCGGAUUGAUUACAAGACCAUUUCCCGACUCGGACCCUGGCUCCGAGGUCUGUCCAUGGCCGACAACCUUCUGGAGAGGAUCUCCAAUGACAGCCUUUCGCAACUUCGGGGAUUGGAGUUCCUCAAUUUAAGCGGGAACCUGUUGUCGACAGUACCCCGCGGCGGCUUGCAACGACUUUCCUUCCUCCGGCAGUUGGACAUUUCCCGUAACUACUUGAUAGAACUUUCCAGGGACAGCUUUCCUGGACUCUCAGCCUUGCAAGAGCUGAACCUCGGCGAGAAUGGUAUUCACAAUGUCCAGGAAGGUACAUUCAUAAAUUUGCCCUCCCUGAUAAAGCUCUCACUCACGAGUAACUUUAUCAACGCUGACCCUACUGGAUGGUUCAGAAGCACCCAGUUGGAAGAAUUGCAGCUUUCAGACAAUCACAUAUCACUUACCUCUGGAAUCAGGAAAUGGUUCGGCCGAAAUGAGACUGUGGAUUUGAGGAACUUGUUCUUGGCAAACAACGGCAUUAAAUUUCUCCCGAGAGGCGUGUUUCUCGGACUGGAGAAAUUAGAAGUCCUAGAUUUGGAAGGAAAUCUCCUUCGCGUCAUUAAGGAGUAUGAUUUCAAAGGUUUGCAUAGCCUGACAGAGCUUAUACUGGAUAAUAACGCCAUAGCGGUUUUCCAUGUUGAAAGUUUAUGUAACUUGCCGGGUCUGAGAAUGCUCACGGUGAGUGGGAAUCGGUUGAAGAGCCUUCCGUUGGACUUAUUUAGCCUCGCUGAGAGACUUGCAUCUCAGAGCACUGCUGACAACAACCAGUCAGAAACCGCAGAGGGGAAUAGAUGUCAGAAGUUGAUGAAGCCUCACCAAUCAAGCAACGCGAUCUCACAUUUGUUCGACUUUGGUUUUGAGCCACUACGGGAAAUUAUAACUUUGAAUUUGGGCAAUAAUCAACUUCGGCGCGUUCCCAGCAUUCAAAACGUCACAUCUCUAAGGAUCCUAGAUCUGAGCUACAACCGGAUAACAAGGAUAGAAAGGAGCACCUUCAAGAGUAACACUGAGCUCCAGGAAAUCUACCUGGAUCACAAUGGCCUGGUGUUCCUGGACUACGAGCUGUUUGAGGGUUUGCAGUCCCUGUACACGCUGACUCUAGGCGGUAACUCCUGGUGGUGUGACUGCCGAUUGGUGUGGAUGCAGGACCUCAUGUGGUCGGAAGAACAGCCUCCGUGGGCCGAGAACCUCGCAGAUGAGAUAGCGUGCUCCCAUCCUCCCUAUCUUAACAGCAUCAUGCUGAUGGAAGUCGGGAUGGAAACUCUCCAAAAUCAGUGUACCAGUCUUUCGAUCGGCGUGGUCCUGCCAGCCGUCAUAUCGGCCUGGUUUGUCAUCAUCGCCCUCCUGGUACUCCAGUUCUGGUUCCGGAGGUAUCUGAUGGUCCGCAGGUUCGCCCAGAACAAGAAGUCCAAUUUCAAGUACGACAGGAGACGAAAGUUGCGGAGGCGACGCCAUGGGAUCACCGGGGCUCAUCCCUACAGCCUCUCGGCCAAGUUCGGCCAGCGGAGGAUGUCCUUCCCGUUUCAAAGGCGGAGGCGUUCCUAUCGAGAGGUGACAACGAGAACCGAUGAUCGCACGGAUCAGAGUGACGACAACAAAAUGGAGGCGAUUACAUACGUGUGA